AUGAGUAGUGGUAGUAUUAGACCAAGAAAGAAAGGUGGUAAUACUGUUGGAAGACACAUCACUACAGGUGGUAAUACAGCAAGUAAUGCUGCCAAUGUAAGUGGGAAUGCCGCCAAUGAUAAAUCAUUGGUCAACUACGAUUGGGCCAAAGAAAUGUUGAAUUGGAGUGACGGUUCUUACUCUACCAAUGGUCCAACCGAUAUUAAAGUCAACAUAAUCAUAUCGCUAUUCAUUUUCUCCGUCACUUUAGUAUUGUAUGCUUUGACUCAAUAUCCAUCUGUCUCAGGAGGUGAUGCUGGAGAGUUAAUUAUAAAUGCACAUCAACUUGGAAUAGCACAUCCACCCGGUUACCCUUUGUUUACCAUGUUAGGACGUUUCUUUGAUAAGUUUGUUCCGUAUGGAACGGUUGGAUGGCGUGUCGCUUUGAUGUCGUCGUUCUUUGGUGCCGUUGGCUCGGUUGCCAUUUUCCUCACCGUCAAACUGUGGGUCAAUGACAAUUGGUGUGCCGUCGUUUCAUCGUUGAUGUUUACAUUCUCACCACUGAUCUGGUGCUACCAUAUCCAGGGUGAGGUUUUCUCAAUCAAUAACAUGUUUGUUGCCAUUAUCAUGUUGUUGUCAGUGUGGUUCGUGCGCACGCGAAUCUACGAGAACGAACGAUUCAACGCAUCGUUUUGGACCAGUGAAAAGAUUGCCUAUCUCUCUGCAUUCGCAUGUGCUCUGGGAUUGACCAAUCAACAUACUCUCGUGCUGAUUGUCGUACCUUUUGCAUUCUGGUUGAUGUUUAUCGGUGGAAGAGAUCAACUCUGGAGCAUUCGUACCAUUACCAAUCUUACAAUGUCGGCACUCGCUGGUCUAAGUCCAUAUCUCUACUUGAUAUUGGCACCAAGAAUUCGUAUAAGAGAAUAUUCAUGGGGUAAUACUGGUGAAAUAAGUGGAUUUAUAACACAUUUCCUUAGAAAGGAAUAUGGUACAUUACAAUUGUAUAGUGGUGACUCUGGAAAUUCAACAUUGAUUUCUAGAAUUCUUUUGUAUUUCAAUAAUCUUUUCGAUCAAUUUGGAUACUUUGGUGCAAUUUUAUCAUUUAUUGGAAUCAUCAGUUUAUUACUUGGAUCAAAUUUAAAGAAUUUCCAAUGGAGAUCAAUUGGCACAAUGAUUAUCUUUACAUUUUUAUUCUAUAUAACAUUCUUCUUUAAUCUAUGUAAUCUACCAAUCGAAAAGCCAUUAUACAAAGGUGUAUUCCUUAGAUUCUUUAUGCAACCAAAUGUAAUUGUAUCGAUUGCCAUUGGUCUUGGAUUAAAAUAUUUAUUCAACUUUAUCAACUCUAAAUCACCAACAUUAAAAAAAAUAUUAUUACCAGCUGUAGCUAUUUUAUUGAUUUCAUAUCAAAUUGGAUCGAAUUAUCAGUUACAAGAUCAAAGUGAAAACUACUCAUUUAUCAACUAUGGACAUGCUAUUUUAGAUAACUUGCCAAAGAAUACAUUGUUGUUGGUUGGAGGAGAUCUUGUUACCAACGUUCCACAGUACUUGAAAUUGUGUGAAGGUGUAAGACCCGAUGUUGAUAUAUUGAGUCUCGAAGAGAUGAGUUGGGAUUGGUUCACAAUCACACAGGGACCACUCCUUAAGAACGUAAAUUUCCCAGGUUCAGUCUAUCAUCCCCAUCGUCCCGAAGGAUUCUCACUCAAGACCUUCUUGGACCGUAAUCAGCACCGUCCCAUCUAUCUGGCCGGUGACUUUAAAUAUGGAGACUACACUCAUCAGGCUCACUACUUUACUCUGCCACGUGGUUUCGCAUCACAGAUUCUUCCGAUCGAAAAAUCAAGACUCAACUACAAGACCAUCCUAAAGGAAUACCAGAAGUUCCCAUUCUUCCCACUGCCAAACGAUACCGUGAAGUAUCCAAACGAUUCAUGGGAAUUCUUCAUGGUCAACGACGUUGCCUCUUCACUGGAGAGGUCUGUCGAGAAUUUGUUGUCAUCCUAUCUGCAAGAGUUUACACAAGAAGGAGAGGACGCUCUUCGUCUAUCAGUUGAGAUUCUUCAAAAGGUACUGACCAUUCGUGACACCAAAUGUUGGACACUCAAACAUCUAGGUGUGGCAAGUGACCAUCUCCGUUAUCGUAUCCGAACCAAAGAUGGUUCCUAUGAGAAAUACUCAGAGAUCCUAUUCAAGUCAUGGACACGUUAUCUCGAAAUUUGUGCCAACGAAAAAGAUCAAGAUUGGGAUACCAUUUCCAAAGUUAUUAAUUCUCAACAACAAUAA